AUGGCAGUUUUCCAGCCUAAAACCUUAGCUGGACUCAGGGCGUGUUCUGAGGAUGCACCAUUUACAACCGAAUUCUCUAUCCCCAUCUUUACUUCAGUUUCAGAGAAGAAAUUGGCCAAGCUUCGGGAGGAACGAAGACUGCAAGAUCAAAAUCGCCGCAAUAACAGCCGUACUAAGAGAUGCGAAGAGAAUCAAGAUGCGGCAUGGGUGUCACAAAUGCAAUGGCUGGAGGCCCAACAGCGAGAACGCACCAGACUUCAGCAGGAGUUCGAGCACCGCAAAGCCAUGGAGCGAAAUCGCACUGCUUAUGUCGCCAUAUUUCCUUGUCCACCUCCUGAAGCCCCGCCCAAUCCGCCCGAUUUCUGUUCUAUUCAAGCUGGACUCCAUCUUCGAAACGAGCUUACUGAUCCACCCGGAAUCUCUCCUCGACGUGGAUUCUCCGGCCCAAUUGCCCCCCGCUGUUCUCCACCCGUGGCUCGCUCUCCGCACACCACUUCACACCCUUCAUAUCCUCCGACUCCAAUGCCUGCCUACAACGCUGCUUCCACUGGUCCUCCUCCGAGCCUCAUGCCCGUGGAAAACAGUCUGCACAAUAGACAAAUCCUGGGAUACGGCAAUAAUCCCCUCACAUCUGAUGACAGAGUCUUGGGAUCUCGCAAUCAUGCUCCCGCACCUCGCGGGUCAGCCCCACUGGAGACGAAUCAUAAAUGUGCCGAUCAGCUGCUUCUUCUCACUCUCGAGAGGCUUCGCGAAUAUCGAUACCAGACUGCCGGUCCAAGGAACUCUUCAAACGUCGAAAACAACUCUCGUGAUUACUUCACGCGUUCUUAUGCCGUUCCGCCUCCUCACGCGGUCGAUACGAGCGAGAAUGGCAAUCUAUCCUUCUUCGACAAUAGUCCAGCCCCGAAAUUGCCGGAUAAGCUUCCAGGACCACAGGAAGCUGAGGCUCCUGUCGUGGUAUUUGGCCUCUCGGCAGAAUUGCUAGCUCGCAGACAUCGGAGCUAUGUGGUCUCUCGUGUUCGGAGUUAA